UGGCUGUGCCAACUGCCAGAGAUUGUAUAUUUUUUAUAUGUAGCUUAAUCUCUCGCUCUCUCUCUCUCCUCGCUCCUUAAUUCUAAGUCAGUUUCAGGGAAAAAGAAAUCCAAAAUCAGUGGGAAAAGGUAACCCUAAUCAUGCUUUUCAGGGUUUCGAAUUCAAUUGCCAUCUCCCAACUUUAAUAUUAUAAUACGAUAUUUCAAAAUUCGAUCGGGGAAGAUGAAGGAGGAGGAUGGUAAAGAAAGAAAGGAUAAUCCAUGGCCGUCGUCUCCAAACAAGCCGUACCAGGAAACAGAGGAGAUGAAGCUUUGGGGGGUUUUCCUCUUCGGAUUAAUUGGCGCCACCGUCACCACGUUCGCUGUUGGUCAGUUGCGAAGAACUGUUGAUUGGUUUUACUCUCAGUUGAGCAGAUCACAAUCAUUGAAAGGAGGAUCAGGCAAAUCAUUUCGAACUUCUUUUCAAGAAGAAGCUUGGAAAAAAUACAAUCGUCAGAUGCAAGAAGAGUAUGAAGAAGAAAUGGAAAGAGUGGAACGGGUAAGGCGCAUGCAAAAUGUGUUCAAUAGAGAGAGGAACAAAUACAAAAGGGGAUACGAGGGCUGGAAAGAAAAAGAUUCUAGUUCCUAUCAUCAACAUUUCCAGCAAGAUGAUUGGUAUUGGAAGUCUGAUACAUCCUUCAGAGACAGAAGGGCUAACUACAGGGAAGCUCCUAGAGAAAAUGUUAGUUACUCGUUAUCACAUCACGACUCAGUGUUGGGUCUUGAUAGGUUCAGAACAAAACCUUACACAGAAGCUGAGAUCAAGACAGCAUUUAGGACCAAGGCAAAGGAAUUUCACCCAGAUCAGAACCAAGACAAUAAAGAGGCUGCUGAGACCAAGUUUAAGGAGGUAAUGACCUCCUAUGAAGCCUUAAAGAACGUGAGAAAGACCAUAUAGUUUUGUAAAUUCACAGCCACCACUCUCCCCAAGCCAUACAGCUCGAGAUUUUUAUAUUAUUUUUUUGUCCUUAUAAUGUUGAAGCAUGUGCGUUUCACAUAUAGUAGAUUGAUUUUGCGGGAAGAAUUUGAGAUGUAAUCUUUGUGCUAGGUUGAUGUCUCAGGAGCCUUAUGGUAUAGGAUACACAAAAUAAAAAGUAUUCUCUUAAGAGAAGAGAACCUGCCAUCGAGUCAUGCCUCAAAAAUGCCAAAGCCAAUGUAAUAAUGUCUUAUAUUUAUAUUAUUUUUUUCUAAACCAGUUAUGUAAAUCUACUUCUCUAUGUUCACCAUACCCAAUUUCAAAUAAUUGAAAAACUAAUGUUGGGAUUCUCAAAA